AAAAAACUACUGGGCCAGGACCGCCGCGGACAUGCCACUCUCGUCUUGACUCACAUCGCCAACCUUUCCAUCUCCCCUUCUUAUACCCCCAAUUACAUUUCUCUCAAUCGACGAACGAACGCCUUUUGUUUUUCUGUUCGCUUGUGGUUCUUGCUUUUAUUUUUUUAUUCUUACAAUCGAUAUCCCCCACCCCUCUCUCCUCAACCAAACAUCCACAAUGGGCGAAUUCCCUGUAAAGAAGUGCGGCGUCCUCGGAUGCACCGGCUCCGUCGGCCAGCGCUUCAUCCUCCUCCUCUCGCAGCACCCGUACCUGAAGCUCGUCGCCGUCGGCGCCUCCUCCCGCUCCGCCGGCAAGAAGUACCGCGACGCCGUGCGGUGGAAGCAGGCCUCGCCCAUGGGCGACGUGGCCGACCUCGUCGUGCGCGAGUGCAAGGCCUCCGAAUUCACCGACUGCGACGUCGUCUUUAGCGGUCUCGACUCGGACGUCGCCGGCGAGAUUGAGAUGGAAUUCCUCAAGGCAAACCUCGCCGUCUUCUCCAACGCCAAGAACUACCGCCGCGACCCCCUCGUCCCCCUCGUCGUCCCGACCGUCAACCUCCCCCACCUCGACCUCAUCCCCCACCAGCGCAAGCACCACUCGCUCGAAAAGGGCUUCCUCGUGUGCAACUCCAACUGCGCCGUCAUCGGCCUUGUCAUCCCCUUCGCCGCCCUCCAGGCUGCCUUUGGCCCCGUCGACCAGGUCUCCGUCGUCACCAUGCAGGCCGUCUCCGGCGCCGGAUACCCAGGCGUCUCCUCCAUGGACAUGAUCGACAACGUCGUGCCCUUCAUCUCGGGCGAGGAGGACAAGCUCGAGACGGAGGCGCAAAAGAUCCUCGGAAAGAUCACGUCCGACCUCACCGCCUUCGAGAACCAGACCGACCUCAAGGUCAGCGCCUCCUGCAACCGCGUCCCCGUCCUCGACGGCCACACGGCCUGCGUCUCGCUCCGCUUCGCUCGCCGCCCGGCCCCCUCGGCCGAUGCGGUCAAGAAGGCCCUGCGCGAGUACGUUUCCGACGCCCAGCGCCUCGGCUGCCCCUCGGCCCCCGAGAGCCCCAUCGUCGUCUUCGACGAGCCCGACCGCCCACAGCCCCGCCUCGACCGCGACCUCGGCCGCGGCUACAGCGUCAGCGUCGGCCGCGUGCGCGAGGACGAGAGCGGCAUCUUCGACAUUAAGUUCGUCGCCCUCAGCCACAACACCGUCAUCGGCGCCGCCGGCUCUUCUAUCCUCAAUGCCGAGGCCGCCGUGCUCAAGGGCUUUGUGUAGACGGGAGGCGAUGAGGAGGGGGUAAUCGCAUUAAAAGAAUUAGGCAAGAGGGGAAUCUAGGUGUAAAUGGUGCAUGGUUGGUUGCAUCUACGGCAUGGAAAAAAGUAAAAGACGAGUAACUGCACUAGAGCGCGAACGUCGGAUCCAAGUUGGAUCAAGAACGGUAUGAAGUCUGAAGCAUUUAUUUCCAAUCUCUGGUUGGCGAAACGAGUGACAGCGCACGUGUGGAACAAUUUUUUAGGAGAUG